UAAACAUUUUGUAAUGCUAUUAUUCAAGAUUUUAGCUUAAACUUUUUCAGAAUUCAACAAUUUUAUGUUCUGUCCUUUCCUUGACAUCAAUUAUUUUUAAUGACAUUUUAAUUUAUCUUGCUUGUAUCCAAAAUAAUGAUAGGAUAAAUAUUGCUUUGUAGCGAACUUUACAAAAUGUUAACUUCUUUAACAACAGUUUUCUUUUUGUUCAUCGAUUUAAAAUGCGCUACUGCAACAGGCUCAUCUUUAAAGUUUCUCGUUAUUGGUGACUGGGGUGGACUUCCUAUCUUUCCCUACAGAACUUUAGUGGAACUGAAUGUCGGAAGAGAAAUGGCAGAAGCUGCUACAAAACUUGGCAUUGAUUUUGUUCUUACUUUGGGUGAUAACUUUUAUUUUGAUGGAGUUAAAGAUGUUGAUGACCCAAGAUUUAAAGAAACUUAUGAAUCUGCAUUUAACUAUGAAUCUCUACAAAUUCCAUGGUUUAUUAUAGCUGGUAAUCAUGAUCAUUAUGGCAACGUAUCUGCUCAAAUUGCCUAUUCUGCAAGAUCUGAUCGAUGGAUUUUCCCUGAUUUGUAUUAUCGCAAAAAAUUCCAAGUUCCUUCUUCUAAUGCUACGGUUGAAAUUAUUAUGCUUGAUACUGUAAUGCUUUGUGGGAACACUGAUCCUCUUAACCCUUAUGAGCCUCCAGCUUUUAGAAAAUAUACAAAAUACCAAGAAGAAAAACAAUGGCAAUGGCUGGAAGAAUCACUAAAGUUAUCAAAAGCUGAAUAUCUUAUUGUGUGUGGACACUUCCCUGUUUAUUCAGUAGCUUUGCAUGGAUCAACUGACUGUCUUGUUAAACGAUUAAAACCUCUUCUAGAAAAGUAUCAUGUAUCUGCUUAUUUUAGUGGUCACGAUCAUAAUUUGCAACAUAUUCAAGUGAAAACCAAUUCAACUGUCAUGGAUUAUUUUGUGUCUGGAAGUGCAAAUUUUAUUGAUCCUUCAAAAAGGCAUUUCAAGGAAAUACCCCCAAAUAGCUUACUCUUUCAUUGGGGAAAUCCUUAUUCUUUAGGAGCAUUCACGUUUAUGGAUAUAAGUGCCAAAAACAUGACAGUUGCAUUUGUCCAUUCUGUUGGAAAAUUUUUGUACAGCUAUUCCAGAGAACCACGUCAGUUUAGGUGAUAAAUUUAGUGUGAUGUCAAUUGUGACUUUAGUGAAAAAAAAUGUAUUUAUUUAUAUAUUGUAACGGAUUCGGUGAGGCUUCCAACUUCUCGAAAGGACGACACAGUUCUUGAUUAAAAACACAGAGAAUUUAUUUACACUAUGUACAGGAAAGAGCGUCAACAACUGCUAAAUUAAUCAUCAGCAAUUAAACCAAUAUCACUCAACACCGUAAACUCAACGUUUACACACGUAUUUACUUCCAAAUACGAAAACAACACAGCGAAAUGCCUUGCAAUAAACAGAGCUAAUACACUCUCAGAACAAAUUCUCAAUCGAAACUCAACUUUUUAUCCAGCGUAACGGUUUUAUAAACAUCGAAAGAAAUCUCUCAACUAUUCCAAACGCUUCUGGAAAAUAGUAGACCGUUAUCAAAUUUUAUCAAUGAACAAAAAAGAAAUAGGGGGUUCGUAUACUUUAGCCGAAUGAAAAGGGGUUGUAUAUUCAUUACGGGAAACUAUUUACAGGUUACGUUGCUACAAUAAUUACUAUUUACAGAAUUUGUAACAAUAUUUAUUGUCAACUGUAUUUUUAGUAUGGGCUAUCAGUCCUGUGUCAGCAUAUUUAACUAGACGUAUAUCUUGAAACAAAAAUGAUUCUGGUUGAGAC